GAAGAAGAAGCUUGGUUUAAGUUCGAUUUUGUGAAAGUAGUGUCAACAAAUGCGCUUCAAAAAAACGAGUUUACAAGAAAACAAUCGAUAACGCAAUUACUCCUCGAUUCUUUCGAACAUCCCGAGAUCUCUUUUAUAAUUAACAAAGUCUAUCCAUAAUUGACGAUCUUUAGUACUAUCUCAAAAAUGAAUGUAUUUGUUUGGUUGUUUGUUGUUCUAUAUUGGUUCUAACCGUAUAUGAUGAGCUACAGUUGGGCACAAUCGGUUUAUCGGUGUUGUUCGUUCUAAAUGAAUCUUAACUUGUCAUUCAUUAAAAGAUUCAGUUGAUUAACAAGACAUGGCAAUCAAUCCGUUGAGUAUAAUUUUAGUAAAAAGUGACAGCAAGGGUGACAGAUUGUUGUUUCGAUAUCCACAUGUGACAGAUCAUGUAAAAGAUUCAAAUCAGUACACUAAACGAAAGAAUCCUUAUUCAUUGACCAAUACAGAAGACUUGUUGCAGUCUCUACCACUUCCAACAUCAAAUAUAAGUAAUGGAAAUCUGACCGGUUUAAUGGACGAAGUUCUGUCCACUUUAUUUGCCGUAAAGCCAGAGUUGUGUGAACAGAAAUUCGAAUUAAAAGUGAAUGACGUUCGUUUCGUAGGACAUCCAACUCUGGUCCCUUCACGGGGCCUAAAGGAAGUGAAUUCUUCCAUGCUUUUCAAUAUUGUGUUCGCCCUACAAGCACAAGCAAGUCAUUCGAUAGUGCGAUGUUACUACGAUUUAAGCAAAAGAUUAGGCAUAGCAUUGAGACACGAAGAAAAAAGAUGUGGCUUUCUUACGGAGGAGAUAAAGAUCAUGGUGUCUACGCACGAUGAAAUUGCUGGGAGAUCUGAGGGCGAAAGUGAUUGUGACGAAUCGUCAUACGAAUUAAUCCUUCAAAGAAGCUCACUUGCGCGUGGCUUAAAAUCUGUAUUCAGUAAUCUCAGCUCUACUGGCAUAGUGAAUAUCAUGAUUAACAAGUGGAUUCAAGUGCGCUUCUGUCUGCCUCAAAAAGUGCACCAAUCGCAUAAGAAAGGUGUGCUCAUUGAGCCUGAAAUCAUAGACAGGUGUCUGAACAGUUUAAGGCCUUAUCAUGGAAUACUUUUACUAACUGAGCCGUUAGACUUAUUGGAAUCUCUACAAAUAGAUUGCUCUCCGGCUCUUAAGCGUUUAAUUCAGAUGUACAAUCCACUAAAAAGUCUGCAAACCUUAGCGGCAGAUUCCGAUCUGACGCUCGCGCAGGUGUUUCAGCUAACUGGUCAUUUAAUUUAUUGGGCAAAAGCUAUGAUAAUUUACCCAUUAUGUGAGAGCAAUAUCUACGUUGUCUCACCCGAUGCCGUUUUGACCAGUCAAUUGUUAGACUCUUUCUCUGAACAAUUCCCAGGACUUUGUUUACUUCAGGUGAUCAGCGAUUUCUCGCUACCAACUUCUAUUAGCCAAAAGUUAAAUCCAUUGAGUCAACCGCAGCAGCAAACGCAAUUAGUAAAGAUAAUAAUAUGGCUGUUGAAAAAUCAUUUGCUGAUACAGUUGCACACGUACGUGCGAUAUGUACCAGCAACGUAUGGCCGUUUAUCGCUGGAUAUAAAGGAUCAAGAGACACAUGGCACGAGCACGAUAGAAGGAAGUGAAAGUACAUGGAGUUUGAAUGACACACCAAAAGGAACACCUACCGAAAUCAAAGAAGAGUUAUCACUCACGGACAAAGAGGAUGCGCUAUAUGACUAUCAAUCGGAAGAUUACGAGAUUCCUUCCGAUGACAGGAAGUCACUCGACAGGUUGUGUCGCCUUGGCUAUUUUAAUGGCAGCUAUCAUUUAGAGGAGAUCAUGUACUUGGAGAACAUUCGCAGAUCGCAACUGUUACAACUUCUUGACAAGUUCCGAGAUGUAUUAAUUAUUUCCGAGAGCGAGGAUCCCGCGAUAGCGCUCUUUUAUAGUCCACUAAAUACUUGAUUUGAGAUUGUAUGAUUAAAAAAAGUAACUCUCUUCAGAAAUAUUUAAAACAUUCUCAAAUAAAAGGCAAACAAGUACGGAUAUAUAGAAGACUGUUUAGAUGUUCCUAAAGCAAUUAGUAAAAAUAUUACCUGUGUUUUUAUAACUAUUAAGAUUAAAAACUUAUACGCGAGAGAAAACAAAGGAAAUAUAACGUUGAUUGUUCUGAAAUAAAAUGUCUUAAGUUAGCAUAUUAUUACAAAAUAUUUUAUUUAUUCUCGAAACACUCAUAAAAGGUACAAGAUUACUCUUAGAUAAUAUGCUUAUUUCGUAGGGAGAGAGAACAAUCUCUGUACAAUCGAAAAAGGAUCGCAAAACUAUGAAACCAUUUUUUUAUUUUUGUGCGAAGGUCUUAUAUAGAAUCAUCUCUGAAUUAAUUUUCAAUUACACAUGUAUCAAGACUUUCAUUAGAAGUCAUCUAUGACUAGAAGUUUCAGUUAAUGAUACGACAAUGUUAUGUAAAAUAUUUCAGAAAAAUGAGACAUAUAAACAAUGGUUUAUUUACUUA